AUGGACCGGCAGUCUCACCCCUCGUUCCAUACCAACAACGAAGUCGUGUCGUCCUCUGCCACAUUGUAUGAAACCGGUAGGACUCGUAACGUGUAUGGAGAGCACGUCGGAUACGAGCGAUCUCGUGCGUUGACUCUGAAUGAGAUUCCGGAGGUGGUGGAACAGUGGCGUUCUUGCGCUGAGCGAGCCAAGGAGGCCGGUUUCGAUGGUAUUGAGCUGCACGCGGCGAGAGGCUACUUGAUAGACCAGUUUCUUCAAUCUUGCACGAACCAGCGCACAGACAGCCAUGGCGGGUCGUUUGAGAGCCGCUACCGCUUCCUUAAUGAUGUCAUUGAGGCGGUGAAGACAGUGUACCCGGCUGAUCGUAUUGGUGCUCGCACAGCUCCCAACAGUCCUUACGGCGGGAUGGGCAGAGUGGGUGCUGACGCGCAUUAUCAUGAUAAGUGCCGACCGCUAAUUACCUUCGACGCCAAGAAAGCAUUCAAGGGGACUGUCAUUGCCAACAAAGGCUACUCGAGAGACAUCGCUGAAGGUGUUCUUCGAAGUGGCUCGGCCGAUCUCGUUGGCUUCGCGCGAAUGUUCAUGGCGAACCCAGACCUCGUCGACCGCUUUAAGAAUGGCUGGCCUUUGACCCCACUGAUGGACUAUGAGUUCUUUUGGGACCCUGUUAAGGGUGACGAGGGAUACACCACCCUGAGCAACUUCGAGCCGUAA